GUGACUAACUUCACGAGUGAGAUAAGUCCUUCGUGAGAAAGGAAAAGUUUUAUCCUCCAUGGCUGAUAAUCUUCCUCCCCGAGCAGAUGACGUCGCUCAGCAAGCACAUAACGGCUUUGGACCACUUUCCGAGCUUCGUGGCAAUAUUGCUACGAUCACAUCAACGAUCGUGGUUGUGAUUAGUAGUGCGAUACUUUUGUUCGCAGUGAAGGAGAACGAAAAGAGGGAAGGGAUUCAUUUUCUGGUGUUUACAACAGCCUUGCUUACCUUGAGUGUCGUUCUCGGAGAAAUAGUACGACGAUUGUGCUUAGUGUCUGAAGAGAUUAAACACAAGCACGCGAGAUAUCGAGGAAACUGGAAGGCUGUUCUCAAGACGACUUUCACUUUCGAAAAUUUCGGGAGUGUUUUGGUCGUCGCCAUCGCUUCCGCUCUGACAUUGUGUUUUGUGCUGUAUGAACAAUACGAAAUUUUCUCUAGUCCAGGUUUCUCCAUCUUGUUUUUCCUGAACUGUCUCGUGGUUCCGCAGUUGUCGUUCCUUGUGGGCCUUCGACAGCUCUCUCCUGUAGAGACAUCAGAUUUGAACGAAAAAGAAAACAAGAAUGUGGCGGAUGGGCUGGCUUGGAGCUACUACUUUGGUUAUCUGAAGCUGGUGCUGCCAAGACUGGGAUAUCGUAUUUCCGAAUCGGACGAAUUUCGUCAUAAGAUUACAGACGAAAAGCUUUUCAUUUUACUUCCAAAAACGUGCUAUACAUUUAAAGAAAUCUUCAAAGCAGAUGACAGGGUAAAAUGGGCCGGCAAACUCCCCGCGAGUAAAAUUAACAGGGCUGGAAUUUUGGAGAGAAGUUACCAGCAUGCGGUACACCGCAUAGAGAUGCCCCGCCCAGAUGGAACAGUGGAUGAGUACCACUUUGUCCUGGAGUACGCAACGCCUCUUAUGUCCCUGUACGAAAUGUCUAGUCAUGCAAAGGCCCCCUUGAGUGGUCCAGAGCGGGAUAAUCAGGUGAACAAGUGUGAUCUGUUGUGUGAUUUUAGAUAUAUGAUGACAAAUAUUAAUUUUGUUCUUAGAAUUUCUUUUGGAGGUAACUUUUUAAAUACAAAUUUUGUGAGCGAUUGUUGUAGCUUAACCCUUUAACUCCCAAGAUCUGAUUGUAUAUUCCUCCUUCUAGCUUAAACACAUUUCCUUGUAAAUUAGUAACAAGAAUUUGGCAUUAAAUCAAGAUAACAACUUCUACCUGAUAAGUUUGAGUAUUCUCAUUAACUGUUUGCUGGAUAAUUUAUGAAUAUUAUAUGGAGAAGUUACGGGUUAAUCACUACUGAGAGCUGAAGAGUUAAGCUGAUGCUUACACCAACUGAAACUAUUUUCGUUGUAACCUAGGUGGUGUUAUUCAUCCGCAAGCUGAGGGAAAUUCUGGAUGACUCUGACGAAUGCAGAGGAAAGUAUGAAUUGGUUCCAAUUUCAGGAAAUGACACAAACAAGAUUGCGGAUGUCCUUGUGGGAAUGCACAGUGCGAGCAACAUAGAUUUAGAAGACGAGACUGAUGAGCAAACAAGGCAAUAGAGCAGAUAAGUGACUGCUGCUCCUCAGCAGCAGUAUGGAUGAUGAAGGAACUCUGUUACACAUUACACAUGUAUAGAGCUGUGUUUCUGAGUGUAAAAAAAUACAGUGUCAGAGAUGUUUGAUCCUGAUCUUAAAGGGGGGGUAAAAGACCUUUUUUUAAAAGGGCACAGAUGUUCAUUAGAAAUUUUGAUCCAAGUCUUGUGGCUCAACCUUUUAUUUCACUCAUAAAAGAUACCAAUUGAUGUUGGUUGAGGAUGCAAAUAUUGUUUUUUAGCAAAGGGACAGUCCUCAUUGGGUUUCAUGCAGGAAUAUUUCACACUUCACAAAUUUAUAAAGGAAAACUUCAAAUCUCACUACAUCAUUCCUUUCUGUAAAAUUCAGGCAUAACAUUAAUUUUGGGUUUUAUAAUUAUGCAUCAACUGUAAACUCUCUUUACAAAGUUUAAUUAAACUGAAACAGCCUAACACUUUAUCUCAUGCAAUCCCAAAAGAUACCAAAUUAAGGCAGCUGAAAAUAUCACUUUUUGUUAUGGUGUACACUCUGAGAGGCCAAAUGUAACAAUAUGUGCUCCAAUCCUUUCCUGGGCUUGAUAGCUCAAGGCUUUGAGUUGUUUUGAAUUCUUUAACCUCUGACAUCUCACACAUUUAUGUUGAUUGUGUGGUGAAAACAUUCAAAGGCACAGCCUUUCAUUUGUGUAAGUGGAGAAGUUUAUAGUCUAAUUUAAUUAACUCUUCCCUAUAGCCUAGCAGAUAACACAGUUUGUAAUGAGCCCUUUAUGGGAUAGUAAAGUAAACAUGAACAGAGAUUUAUAAAACAUGCUGAAUCAUUUAGUUUUUCUCAAUUAUCAUUUGUCUUUGCUUUGCUCUGUGAAAUACUUGAACUGAUGAUUGUUGUGCUCUUAAUCUGUAAACAUAUUAAUUAUCCCUUUACAUCUUUAUAUCAGUAUGCAUAUUCUUAAUACUAUUCUGAAUUGCACAUUUCCUUUGGUACUGACAAGGAGAAUCUGUGUUUCAAUCACAGCUUUUUAGUUUAGCAAU